CUCCAACUUUUUGUGCAGCACGCGAUAUUGCUGAGUGGGCGAUCGGCUGGUAUUGACACAGCAUCUUUUCGGCUUUGACACCGAUAUUUUUGAAAAACAAAAUCACCGAGAGGACGCCAUAGCACAAGACCCCCGUAAUGACCUCCGCAGUAGCAAUCGCCGAGGUUCAGGCCGACGCACCUGUAGAGAGCCCACCCAAUGCGGAGGCCCCUCCAUCCACCCUCGACACAGUUGCUCCUACACCCACGACAACGCCGCCAACAAAACCUAUCCACACCCUUGUGCUUGACACAGGGCCACUUAUCAAAGGCGAUCCGGCCGUCAGCACCUUGAUCGCCCGAGCAGAAGAAUUAUACACCAUCCCGGCCGUCCUCGAGGAGAUACGAGACGAAGCGACCCGGACUCGCAUAAACAACACCCUCUUGCCAUUUUUGAAGCUGAGGAGUCCGAAGCCUGAGAGCAUCAAGUUUGUAUCAGACUUUGCGCGCCGCACAGGAGAUCUCGAGGUACUCAGCAGGCCGGAUAUUGCGUUGAUAGCCUUGACGUACGAGCUGGAGAUUGAGAGGAACAAUGGCGACUGGAGGUUGAGGAAUACCCCUAACCAACAAAGGGUCAACGGAAGUCCACCAAAGAGGGAAGAUGCCCAGGCUAGCCAGGACGUCGCGAAGGAGCUGUCAACAGAGACAACAGAGCAGACUCCAAAUGUCGCAACUGAUGUCCCUGCGGCAACAGAACAAGCCAGUACUACUGAGGAUGUGCCUGCCGUUACCAGCACAGAGGAGCCUUCGCAGGAGCCUGCUGCGCCCGUUGAAGAGCUCAAGACCUUGGACUUGAAUGGUUCAAAAACUGAGCCAGAUAGCGUUACUGAAGUGGUCGACGAGGAGGACUCGGCCAGCGACGACGGCGACGGCGAAUGGAUCACUCCGUCCAACAUUAAGAAGCACAAGGCAAAGGACAACCCCACGCGCGCGCCAGAGCAACCAAUCCAGCGCGUCCUGCAGGCCGCCCUUCUCACUUCUGAUUUUGCCAUGCAAAACGUAUCCCUGCGUAUCAACCUCAAUGUGGUCUCGCCUACCCUUGCGCGCAUCACGCACCUCAAAUCCUGGGUGUUGCGCUGUCACGGCUGUUUCGCCGUGACGCGCCAGAUGGAGAAGCAAUUCUGCCCCAAGUGCGGCCAGCCGACGCUGACGCGGACAAGCUGCUCAACUGACACCAACGGCAACUUCAAGGUGCAUCUGAAGCGCAACUUUCAGUGGAACAACAGGGGAAACGUGUUCAGCAUCCCGAAGCCGGUCCAUGGUACCGCGAGCGGAAAGAAGACUGUGAGUGGCGGUGGUAAGAACGGAUGGGGCAAGGACUUGCUGCUUGCGGAAGACCAAAAGGAGUACCAGCGCAAGGUUGACGACGAGCGCCGCGCGAGGGUGAGAGAUCUCAUGGAUGAGGACUACCUUCCCGGCAUCCUGACCGGUGAGAGGGCAGGCGGAAACGGCCGUAUCAAGGUCGGCGCGGGGCGCAAUGUCAAUGGAAAGAAACGGAGGUAAUAAACACGACUCCUUGUUUUGUGACGCCAUUCUCUUGCAAAAAAAUACCAUCUUAGAGAUACACCGGUACACGGAUUGAUAGAUAAAAGCAUCAUGACCAAAAUAUAGACCUGAUACGAGUGAUGACCGCCG